AUGGGAGCAGUGGCGUGUGUGCUCUGCCUCGUCCUCGCCUCGCCGGCCCUGUGGUGGCUCGCCGCCGUGCUGCUUGUCAUCGCCAACAUUGGCUACGGCAUCGCCACCGUUGCUUACUACAGUCUACUUGGCAAAGCUGGCGAACGCAUCCCCCGAGUGCUGGUGACCGCUCCCCUGAGCUACCUGGCAGUGCUGGUGGACGCGUCCCCCGAGGUGCAGCAGGCAGAGGCGGCGGGACUGCCGGUGCAGGCGGUGGUGGAGAUGCGCGAGCAGGUAGAGAAUCGCCUCUCCCUCACGGCAGUCGCCUGUGCCAGUGCCGCCUCCAUCAUCGUAACCCUCCUCGCCCUCGCCGCCACGCUCCCCACCUCCUCGCCUGCCCUCAAGCUGCGCCUCGCAGUGGCCCUCUGCGGCGCCUGGUGGAUCCUCCUCGCGCUGCCCACCUUCGCCUUCCUCAAAGCCCGCCCCGGCCCCGCCCUCCCCCCGGGCUCGCCCCUGCGAGUCUUCUCCGGGUGGCGCCAUCUCGGCGCCAUUCUGGCCGAGGCGCGGCGGUACCGCAACGCGUUUGCGUUCCUGGUGUGCUACUUUGUGUACGCGGAUGGCUACACCACCAUCAUGCAGAUGGCUUUUGUGUUGGUUCCUGUAGUCGACUCAAAACUCACCUUGUUUGCGUUCCUGGUGUGCUACUGUGUGUAUGCGGGCGGCUACACCACCAUCAUGCAGAUCGGCGUGCUGUUUGGCCAGAGGGAGCUCUGCCUCUCCACGGGAGCUACUGUUCUGCUCGCCUGCUGCGUCUUCCUCUUCGCGCUCCUCGGCACGCCACUCGCCUUCUGGCUGCAGCGCGUGUCCGGGCUGCACAAUAAAGCCAUGGUCUGCGUGCUUAUAGCGGGGAUGAUUCCCCUCCCGCUCUGGGGCCUGCUCGGGUACCUGACACCGGACGGCGGUGUGGGGUUGAAGUCAGCGUGGGAGCUGUAUGUGUUUGCGGGGUGGUUCGGGGUGCUGCUGGGGCCAUUGUCGUCGUACUCGCGCACACUGUUCAUUGAUAUGAUCCCCGUGGGGAGAGAGGGCGCCUUCUUCUCACUCUACUCCGUCAGCGACAAGGGCUCCUCCUGGCUCGGGCCCUUCAUUGUCGCUGUCAUUGUACAGGCCACGGGGGAGCUACGGGCGUCCUUCUUCUACAUCCUGGCGGUAAUGCUGCUGCCACUGAUCGCGCUAGUACUGGCGGUGGACCAUGCACGCGGCAUCACGGAUGCAGGGCGCAGCAGCCGCAGCCGGGCGGGCGACACGGGCAUCGCUCAGGACGACCAGCCCAAUGUGGUGGGCGGCGUCGUGCCGUAUACUGCCAUGCGCGCUCACUGA